AUUCCCCCUGUCUGGCUUCCUUCUCUUUUCAUUUCUUUACACAAAACCAAUUUCAUCUUUACGAGCUGCAUUAUCUCACUUGUCGUUUCGGCCUAAACUGAAGAAUACAGAUUAAACAAAGGAUGUCUUCCCCGUGCAAAAGAAGAGAGAUGGAUGUCAUGAAGCUGAUGAUGAGUGACUAUUCGGUGGAACCAAUUAACGAUGGGAUUAAUGAACUCAAAGUGCUAUUCCAUGGUCCCAAAGAAAGUCUUUACGAAGGUGGUGUCUGGAAAAUCCGAGUGGAACUGCCAGAUGCUUAUCCUUACAAGUCUCCUUCCAUUGGAUUUAUUAACAAAAUAUUCCAUCCCAAUGUUGAUGAACUGUCUGGUUCUGUCUGCUUGGAUGUAAUCAACCAAACAUGGAGCCCAAUGUUUGAUCUUUUGAACAUAUUUGAGGUUUUCCUUCCACAGCUCUUACUUUAUCCUAAUCCUUCUGACCCCUUGAAUGGCGAUGCAGCAUCUUUGAUGAUGAAGAAUCAGAAACACUAUGAACAGAGGGUGAAAGAGUACUGUGAACGCUAUGCAAAGAAGGAGAAUGUGGCAAGUCCAACUUUAGAAGAUAGCGAUGAAGAUAUCAGCAACGAUGACAUCAGUGAUGGGCGAAGCACAUCAAGUGAUGACAACAUUGCUGGAGAAGCAGAUCCAUGAGAAGACAUUUACCUUUCCACUGUAAUUUAAACAAUUCUAACAUGAUUAUGCAUUUAAUUUCCUGUAAAAAUCAUGUAGUAUAGUGAUAACUUUAAUGAAUAGAAUGGUUCU